AUGAAAAGUAGCACUGGCAUGCGACGCUGCCGGUCAGCAAUCCCCUGUGCAGCAUUGGCAUGGGCACUGUGCUUCUCAUGCUUCAAGGUGUUGUCGCCGACAAGCUUCAUAGCUCCCCCAAGAAACCGCCCUGCCCUGGAAUCAAGUGCUGGCCUGGCUGUUGCAGCCGCAGGGGCUGCUUUUGAAGCUGGCACGAGUCCAGCUAUGGCUCAGCAAGAGACUUUUGCUUUGCUUGGCAAGAGCUCCGCUGACCUGUUCCCGCUUUCGAACUUGAGCAUCUUGACUUGGCUCUUGUUGAUCGUCGCCCCAGGUUGGGAGUACACGAAAUCAGCUGCGCUUGUCGCUCCAGUCAUCAAUGCCGUGAUGUACGUGAUCGUUGUAACAUUCUUGAUUACACAUCCACCUCCAGAUGCACCAGCAGUGGACUUUGGUAGUCUGAGCUCCAUUGUCACCGCUUUCCAAAAUCCCGACGGCGUCUUUGCUGGUUGGUUGCACUACUGCGUCUUUGAUCCCUUGGUGGGGCUCGGCGAGGUGCUCGACAGCCAACAGAACAAAGUGCCACACGCCUUGGUCGUACCCUGCCUCAUCCUGACUCUGCUGUUUGGGCCGAUGGGUUUUCUGCUGUAUUUGGCCGUCCGAAGUGUCACUCUGGCUUCGCGCCCUGCAGCCAGCGAAGCAUGA